UCAGAAGUUCUAAUUUCUAUUUCUAAUUUUUGUACUUCUUCAAAAUAAAUUAGUUACUUUAUAAAAAAAAUAAAAUAUAGCUAAUAUUCUAAUAAGAUGUCAUGCUACGCAUGUAUGCGAAAAUAUGGAAUAUUUUGCAAAGAGUCUGGAUGCGCCAAUUGUGGAUAUUCCUUUUGUCUAAAAUGUCUCAAAAACGAAAUUGAAGUUCCUCGCAAGAAUAAUCAGAAACUGAAAGUUUGCUUGAGGUGCUUCGAGACACUUAAAGCUGUAGGGGCAACUAAUAGCAACAAGGACUCUGCGCUUAACUCGACCAAAUUAAAUACUAAACUCGAACCGAAUGAGAUAUUUCAAAUAACUGAUCCGAUAAAUUCACUAGGUCCUGUCCUGGAGCCUAUUUCGUCCACAAGCAAUGCAACUCAAAGCAAAAACACAGAUUCGGAUGAAAUUACCGACAACUUAGACCUGGAAAUACAAAGACGACUCAAAGGCCUCAAGGGAAAUGGGGAUGAUAACUUAGAUGAGGAAAGUCUCCGUUUGCGUUUGUGUAAUCUGCAAGGAUUCAAACCGAAGGACUAUUCGAAAAAAGAUAUUCUCCUAUCGACAGACAAACGCACCGAACAGGAGAAGAUAAACGACCUCUUGAAACAGUUUGUCGAAGAAAAAGAUAUUGAUUCUAAUGUCGCAGGAGGAGGCACCACCAAUGAUCCCAUAACCGACAUUGAAAGGCGUUUAGCUGCAUUAAGAGAUUCGGAUCCAUCUGAUAUGACUAAAAAACCAACGACAGACGCAAAUACACCAAGUGAUAACGAGGAAGACGAUGAAACCAUGCUUAAAAACAUAAUACAACGGUACGUGGAUGAAGUUCGACUGCCCACUGCAAGUGGUAGUGAUGCACUUUUGACAGAAGAACCAUUGCAACCCGUUGCAACAACCCAUCCCAACUCAACGGAAGCAACAGAAGAACUUCCUUGGUGUACGAUAUGCAAUGAAGAUGCUGUAUUGCGAUGUCAAAGCUGUGAUGGUGAUUUGUUUUGUAGAAAUUGUUUCAAUGAGUGUCAUCAAGAUGACGAAGAAUGGCGUGGCCAUGCAACUCAACCGUACAGCAAGCCACCAACAUUCAAAGAAGAUCACUUCUAAUAUUUUUGUUUUUAAUUUCAAAAAAUAAGUUAAAGGUUUUUUUUAAUCUUAUUUUUGGCCUAGAGAAAUUAUUUAAAAUUAAUAUACAUUAUAUUUUUUCUUUUUCUAUUUCUUUAAAGGCCGCUUUCAGUUGCUUGCUUAUUUGUUUGUAAUAAAUAUUAACUUUAUGUAAGAACUUAUUUAUUAAGAUGUAUCAUACUGUUAAAAUUGUAUUUAUUUAUUUUAAUAAAAUAUGCACUGUUAAUUAGCAUCAAA